AAAAUGGUUCCAACAGUCAGUCAUCAGAUGCAGUCCAGCAGAGCCAGGUGUCAUCCAGCAAGCCAACUUUUGUAGCCAAUGAUAUCUUAGGAUCCAUACUUUUAAAGGCAUUAAAUGGAUUUCUCUUCGUGGUAAACAGCCAAGGCAAAGUUGAGUUCAUCUCAGAGAAUGUAACACAGUUUCUCAAGUAUACCCAGGAUGAACUAGCUGGCAAGAGUAUCUACAACAUCAUUCAUGUAGGUGACCACACACAGUUCACCAACAGCCUGUUGCCUAUGACGCUGACCAGUGGAUUAGCAUGGCCUAGUGACUCCCCGACAACAAGAGGAUGCAACUUCCAGUGCCGCAUGCUUAUUAAACCACCAGUUGAAGAAAAAGAUGACGUUGAAGUGAAACAAACCUAUGUGUCUCAGUAUGAGAACAUGCAAAUCACAGCUAUUUUCCAGUCCAGUUUGACCCAGAAACUGAGUGACCAACAGUUUAACUCACACUCCAGAGAAGAUCAAACAUGCCUUUUAUGCAUAGCCAGACGUCUGCCUAUGAAUGAGAAGAACAAUAUGAUGAUUGGAGGUGUCAGUCAAUUCUCUACUAAGCAAGAUUUAAAUGGGAAAAUUAUCAAAGCAGAUAUUAGCCAUGGCAUGUUGAACCUUGAAGGGGCCUUUAUAACAGACUUCUGUCAUGCCACUGAUGUGCAGCAGCUUAAGAGGCAUACUCAAGACGUUCUAAAGAAUGGUAAUAGCACCAGUGGAGUUUACCGGUUCAAGGUGGUUGAAAACCGCUACGUACUUGUACAGACAAAGAGUAAGCUAUUCAACAACCAUGUGACAGGGGAACCUGAAUUCAUCGUGUCUGUUCACACGGUUAUACGAUUUUUGUUCCCAUCUUUUUUCUUGUUUGCUUCAGAUGACGACAACUUGGAUAUGAAACCAACAUUGCUGGAUGGCAGUAGCGGCACUGGAAAUACCAGCUGGGAUACUAUGUCAUCCUUGAAAUCACCAGCAUCUUCUAAUGCACCAUCUCCUGUGCAGUAUGCCCUGCAGAACGAGCUCGGAAACAACCCUGGUUCUAUAAAAAGACCUCCCAUGUUGAACAUGACUCAGAGAAGUAACUCAGUAACAUCAUUCGAUGUCUCCCAAAAAAAUCCUCGGUUUACUCCGAGUCCGGGUAGCGGGCCUCGUAGUGCAGGCUUCACCCAGAGAAUGAUGAGGAACUAUUCUAACCAGCGCAGUCCAGUGUCUGCCUCAGUGGGGCUGAACUCGAAUCUUCAGCAGAAUCGCAACCAAGGAGGGCAGUUUACUUUGGGCUUCCAGCAGAAGACUUCUGGGUCACCGUUGAUGUCACCCCAGUCAGGCUACCCUUCAAGCCCAGCUGGGUGGGGCAGAUCUCCGUCAUCAGUCCCAACCACACCGCCCUCUAGCGGGGAUUUCACACAGUCUCUGAAUACCCCUCUGGGUGUUUCCAUGCCAUCUCCUCUACACAGUCUCCAGGACUCUAACCUUCAGUCUGGAAUGGUGUCUUUAGACGUCAAGAUGAACCGCUCAAUCUCGUCAUCAGGAUUUGCUUCUUCAUCUUUGCUCUCCGUCUCGUCACCGUCGUAUUCUACUAACAUGGACCUCAGCAGUCUUCAGCAGCAGAGCAUAUCAUCAGUGGCCGGUGGUAAUAAUUCAGUGAAUAAUAAUAAUUCAGGUUUGUCGUCACAUAGACUCUGUCAGCUUUUGACUCAGAACACCACACCAGAUCCUGUUCAUUCCCCUCUUUCCAUGGAUGGAAGGCGACAAGCCGUCAGCAGGAAUCAGCAGGGUUCUGGCAACCCAGUGACCAAUAGCAACUGUGGUUUAAUGUCGUCGUCACCUUCAUUGUCAGCAGGCAUGGCCAGUCUGGGUAUGGACUUGCAUCAAGCAAGCAGUUCCAACAUCGUCAUAAGAUCUCCUGAUGACCAGUCUCCGACAGAAGGGCCAGGUCAGAGCCCUCCGCAGAAGCCUCAGAGCACAUCCAAUGAAGAUGGAGAGGCAGAAGUUACAAACGGUGUCAGUAGUCAUAGCAACAGUGGGGGGAGAGUCUCUGGAGGUUUAAGUAGUGCCUCCAGCAGUAAUCCCAAUAAUAACGGUGUUGGUAGCAACGGUGAUCGGAAUAAUAUUCUGAAGACGUUACUAAGUCAGGAUGAUGAUGAGGAACCUUCCAUGCUCGAUGCCAGCAUAUCUUCACUUCCCUUAAGUUCCAUGGGACUCACAGGGAGCUCAUCUGACUUUGUCACUUUGGUAGAGAAGAGUGAGACAGAGCCGAGGAAAGCCAAUGCCCUUCUUAAGCAACUUCUGCGGGAAGAAGCCAAACACGCCAAUCGGAAAGAACUAAAUGAAAGAUUGCGGAGGGAGAUUGCAGAGCAUACAUCCAAAGGCACCUCUCUCUUCUCGAAGUCUACAACCUCCGGAGCGACCAGCUCCACAAUGACCACCACAACAUCUACAGCUAGUGGUAAUUCCAAUAAGAGAAAGCCAGACGCCGGCCGGGAACUUCUUAACCAGUUGCUGGACCAAAGUGAUGAUGACGACGACGCCGCCAGUGUUGGGAGCAUCACAACAUCAGCGCCCGCUGAUGACUCAUCCCCCAAACAUCAACAGAUACAAGUACCUAGCAGCAGCAACAGCAACAACAACAACAAUGGAGGCAACGGAAACGGUAACAGCAAACGCAGAAAGAUAUCUCUGCCUGAUGUUGAUAGCAGCGACGGUGUGGGAAUAGACAUGGUACCGAGCACAUCUUCAAGUGCGUCAAACUCUCAGCAAAGUGAACUAUCUCAGAGAAAUGCCCUGCUGGCUCAGCUUCUCAGUAAGACCACACAAAAGGAGACGGUGAUCAACACAAACAUUUCCAUCAACCCUACUGGAGUUCCGCAGAACCGCUACCCGAGGAACCUUGUAGAUAAAAUCAUCACCGUCAAACCUUCAGAUGAAGCCGAUAAUGCUGUAACUAGCAAAGCUUCUGGUGUUCAAAUGGCAGACAAUCCGAACAGUGUGUUCAUCGGAAAUGUGUCUAGCACCAGUAUGGUUUCAAAUGGGUCAACAUCAAACAGUAAUACUGGUACUACAAACAGUAGUACUUCAACUACAAACUGUAAUACUGGUACUACAAACAGUAGUACUUCAUCUACAAACUGUAAUACUGGUACUACAAACAGUAACAGUAUGUCAGGAUUCCUUGGAAAUGGCUUUUCAGGUGGUCAUUCAUGUGUGGACUCAGAUUCAAGCAUGAAUGGGUUGGAUUUGAUGGCAUCUGAUAGUCAUUUAGGCCAGUUUCAUAACUUGUUAGAUAGUGAUAUUGCCUUGUUUAACGAAUCCCUUGGGGGUGAAUCAAUGCCUGGAUUACGUCGUGCUGAUUCUACAGAGAAUGAUCCAUUACUGCAGCAGAUACUUCAGCAGGCUGCCGAUUUGCAUGAAGAUUUGCAGAAGAAGAUGGGAGCUAACUCUGGAAUGAGCCAGCAGCCUUCAUCGCUGGCAAGUAUGGGUGGGGCUAUAGGUUCGAUGGGAAUGCUUAACAUCAACACAAAUAUGUCAACUGUGAGUUCUAUUGCUCAAGCCUUGUCUGCAUCUAUUCCGCCUUCAAUGCAGAGUCGAAUGACACCUUUACAACAGCGUCAACCUCUGCAACAGCAGCAGCAGCAGCAGCAGCAACAACAACAAAAACAACAACAGGAGCAGCUUCGGUUACUGUCGAGCCAGAAGGCGAUACAACAGCAGCUUUUACAACACCGACAACAACUGCAGCAGAAGUCUCAAGACAACCACUUGUUGUCCUUGCCUAUCCAACAGCAGCAGCCAUUUUUGUCGCCACCACAGCAGCCUUCUUCUACUACAUCUAUACCGCAGUCAUCGUUAACAGCCACAUCAAUGUCAUCAUCACCUUCUACAUCGGUAUCAUCAUCAUCCCAACAAAACAUGCAGCAGCAACAGCAGUCAGUUCUGGCGGAUGCUGAUUUAGACGACGACUCCAGCCUGGUCGCCCAACUGGAGGACAUUUUCAAAGAGACAGGAAAUUGGCCAAAUAUGAUAAAUUUUGCGCCAAAUGCCAACCAGACGAGACAGGAUGAGUCGAAUGAACAGCUGGCCAUUGAUGAUAUAAAACGGCAGCUGAUGGGUGAGGAACCUUUAAUGUCACCACAACAACAACACCACCAACAACAGCAGCAGCAGCAACAGCAUGAGCAUCAACACCAACAACAACAAAUGCUAGGAAGUAUGAUGGAUAACAGGCCUCUUGCUACAGCCUUACAGAGUGGAGUGACCCAGCUGCGGUCACCAGGCCUCAAUACAGCCAUCAUGGUUCGUCAGACUUUGCUGUAUCAGCAAAGGCAUCGACAAGAUAGGCAGAAGCAGGAUAGGGAAAGACAGCAGAGAUUGCUGCAACUACAGCAGCAGCAGCAACAACAGCAGCAGCAGCAGCAGCGACUUCAGGGUCUUCCGCAGCAGUUUAAUCAGAGGUUUAAUCAGGCUGGCAUGUCCCCACUUGAUGGUUCACCUGGCACUCAGGCACCCUUCCCAGAUAACCUUAACCUGCGAGAGCUGAUGACCCAGGGACACCCGCCUAACGUCACCCUACCUGUACAGGUGAGCAUGGGAUCACCUAGAACCCCACACAGCCCAUAUGGAACAAGCCCUACAGACCCUCUGCUUAUCUCCCCACAAGCUGUGAUGUCCCCCAGUGCAGGCAUGAGACAGUCUCAACAAGGAGGCCUCCAGGUGAGCCCACAGUACAACCAUGUCCAAGUGCCUACUGGCUACGGAGGGCCAGCUGUGGGUAUGUCUGGGGGCCCUGGUUCGUACCAGGGAGGCCCCUCUGUACCCCCAGGUAUGUCAGCCUUUAGCCCAGGUGGCAGCAUGGGCCAGACAGCAGCAAACAGUUUGCAUGACUUUGAUUUGCAGUUAUUUGAUGCGACACUCAACUCAAUGGAGAGCAAAAACAUGCCUAGUGACUUGGGAGUCAGUGGUUCGGGUCCUUCCACCUCUCAGUAUGUGAAACAGGAGCUGCGCAACAUCUGCAGUGCACGGUCAGAGAAGCAGCAGCAGCAACAGCAGUCGCAGUUGCAGGCCCUAGAUUUUGAUAAUUCCCCCAGCGAGCUGCCUGCGGAUAUUCUAGAAACAAUUAACGACAUGUCCAAGGAGCAUGGGGGUCCACUCUGCCACCCCCUGGAUGAGACUGAUGCUGCGUCACAGAGCAGGAUGGAGGCCAAGAGAAGAUUUGAACACUUUCAGCACCUCUCAGGCGGAGGACAGCCACAGCAAGUUCCGGACCCUUCGGAUGAUGCAGGUCUCAAAGCAACUGGUUUAUUCCGUAACCAACUGCUGAGACCAGGUCAGAGUGCUCCAUCACCGGUUUCAACCAGUAUGAAGCAGAUUCCUACAUCAUCUACAAAGAACAGUGAUUCUGUGUCCCAGAUCAACAUACUUCAUUCAGAAGCCAGAAGCUCGGUAGAGGAAAUGCGGCUGGCAGACAACAGAAACAGUCUCCUGUGUCAGCUGCUGUCAGAAUAA